AUGCAGAGCUCACGACUGUACGAUCGCGGUGUGGAGCUUGAAGUGCAGCACCGAGUAACUCCGCAUUUCAUCAAAGGCGAUCUGGACUCACUACGUGCCGACGUACGCGAGUUCUUCUCAGCCAAAGGGACGACAGUGUUGAGAGAUCCUGAUCAGAAUACGAACGACCUGGACAAGUGUCUGCAGUUGAUCUACCAGGAGCAGGAGAAGGAGGACGAGAAGUUCUCCGUCAUGAUCUUUGGAGCCAUGGGCGGACGGUUUGACCAGGAGAUGCAGAACAUCAACGCGCUCUUCAGGUGGAAGGACAAGUUCGAGCAGAUGGUGUUGCUGUCCGACGAGACCACCGCCAGGCUGCUAGAGCCCAAUGUUCGACAUGUGAUCACACCCAAUUUCUACUUCGAAACGCGGACUUGUGGACUGAUUCCGGUGGCGGGAACAUGUGAGGAGACGAUGACAAGGGGGCUCAAGUGGAAUUUGAGCUCAGGGAUGGAGACAGGCUUUGGUGGGCUUAUAAGCAGCUCCAAUCUCGUGGAUGAUGCAUGCAACCAGGUGGAGGUUGUGGCAUCGCGUUCACUUAUCUGGACUACCGAGCUUAAGAAAGAGUAAAGGUAAUAAAUUUCUCCAGGCUCGAGUCAA